UGCAUGUUUCUUUAUUCAGCGUCAUUAGACGAUGUGACUGCAUUGGCCAACUCCAGCUUAAAUGGGUGGGAGAAACUUGGUGUCUGUUGAGUUGCUCACAGUGCUUCCUCCUGUGGACACACACACACACACACAGAGAGAGAGACACACAAGACAAGGCAUUGCAAUUGCAAUUGCAUUGCAACUCGUGUGUGGUUAACACACACUCCUGGUGAUGGAUUUUACACAGGAUCCAACUGAGUGACAAGGAGAGAGAGAGAGAGACAUUAUAGCAGCAUCUGUAACCCACCCCCUUAAAAAAGUGAGGGGUGUUUUUUUUUGGGGGGGGGUAUUUGCCUCUCCUUUGCACUGGGACACAUGAGUGCAGAAGACAUCGUAUUCACUGGCUGGCUCAUCAAAUCACCCCCAGAAAAGAAAUUAAAGCGCUAUGCCUGGAGGAAACGGUGGUUUGUGCUACGCAGUGGGCGUUUGAGUGGGAACCCGGAUGUCCUGGAAUACUACAAAAACCACCAUUCCAAGAAACCCCUGCGCAUGAUCAACCUGAACCAGUGUGAGAACAUCGAGGCCGGGAUCAAGCUCAGCAAAAAGCAAUUCCAAAACAAUUACAUUUUCGACGUCCAAACACCAGCUCGCACUUUCUACCUGGUGGCUAAAACCGAGGAGGAAAUGAACAGAUGGGUGCAACACAUCAGUCUGAUCUGUGGGUUCAGCUCCAGCGAUGAUGGAACAGAUUCCCUAGGGAGCUCCUCGCCCACCACCUCCUCAUCCCUCCAACCAUCUCCGGCCGUCUCAACCCACACGUCUCAGUCCACGAGCCGAGACACCUUCCCCCUCAUGCAGGACUCCGCCACCGAAGCAGACUCCGGAAGAAGCGAGUCUGACUCCACCCUGUCGGCCGGGAUGCCUCUGGAUUACCUGAUUUUAUCCCAGUGCGAGACAAAGUCGGUCGAUAUAUUCAGAAGCAACAGCUGUUCUCCCUGGGACCAAUCGCUUGGUCAGUCACUCGAGUUGAUAGGACCUGAAGAUGCUCAGGACAAUCUACAGUUCUUAAGCAAGAGCAGCCCUCCAAUACAAAGUACUUGCAACGGACCAUUGUACAAGAACAUCCAGGACCCACAAGUGGUCAUCCUGCCCGGGCAAGAUCCGAGUGGGCCUCCUUCGGCUUCCUCGUCUCCUCUCUCAGCGUAUUCGUUCUCGCAGAUCUUCAACUUUGACAAGAAUCACAGCGCCUUGCCUUUUGGAGUGACGGAGCUUCACAUUUUAUCCAACACCCCGCCCCCCCGGCCACCGAAGCCGGGGCAGUUGACGGAGCGGGAAAGGACGCACGUGGUGCUCCAAAACGACGACGGUGCCUACGCCGUAAACCCAGCCCCGAUCCCCAAGAGAGUCCCACUUUCGAGCUUGGAGAAAACAAGAAGUUGGAAAGAUACUAAAGACUCCAGCUUUAAGGCACUGUCUGAUUUCCAACGCAGCUCCACCAAGCCAGCGGAGGAGGGUUUUGAUCUAAAUUUGCAGAUGGUAACCCCAGGUCCAAAUUACAGCACCACGGACAGCACUGAUGACAGCUACGUCCCAAUGAACCCUGGAUCCUCUCCAGUGAUGCCCACAGCUGACUGCACAGCAGAUGGCUACAUCCCCAUGAGCCCAGCCUCUACCACCCUGGUCUUUCCUCCAGUCAUUACGGACAAUCUGCCGGCUGUCAGCCCAAUGCCUACACUCCCCACAGACUUGGCACCUCCUCCGGUCAACCGAAACCUCAAACCUCGCAUCAGGAAAAUGAAGCCACCGCCUUUGGACUUGAGGAGUCUCUCAGCCAUCAGGGAGCACUACAACAAUUCCUGCGUCAGCCGGACCUGGAGUAUGCCAUUCAGAUGGAGCACCGCCAACUGCAUCAUACCAGAAGGUCACUGUAGUUCAGCCAGGAGCUUUUAUAGCACAACGGAUGGAGAGAAUGAGGACAACUACAUUCCAAUGGAACGGGCCAACUCCAUGUGCAACGGCAACAUCAACACUCUGUGGUCAAGAAAAUCUGAUCUCGACUAUCUAGCCUUAGAUUUCAAUGCAACAUCUCCCUCUCCUGUUCAGAAGAAGCCCUUCCUUGCAUCCAUGCUGGAAGAGAGGGUAGACUACGUCCAGGUGGACGAACAGAAGACUCAGGCAUUGCAAAACACUAAGCAGGAGUGGACUGACGUUAGGCAAUCCUGCAACCUGUCCAAAAGUUUGAAGUGAGUGACUGUGAGUCCCCUUCUCCAGGAAUUUUGGGUUGUUUUAUAUAUACCAGCAGUGCACUGCACUAAGCCUCUAAUCCGGAUCAAUGUGGUUGCAGAAAGUCCAGACCGUUGAAGUUUAUUUAAAAACUUUUUAAUAUUAAAAAAAACUUUUUCCAACCAAAAGGCGAAACAAUGAAAAAAAACACCGGCACAUCCGAUGAAAAUUUGGCAGCUUAUUCAUCUUGAAACGUCGAGGCAGAGAGACGGAGACGCAGACUAGGUGCGCAAAUACACUUCCGUCUGCCCUUCCCACUCGCCGCAUCAAUUUAUUCCGAAGAUCUCCCAACGUCUGAUAGGACGUUCCAGCGUUCUGGAAAAGUCAAGCUGUUAGUCGGUUGCUGAAGGAACACUUUGGUGAACAGCAAGAUGGCUUGGCCUCAGGUACAUGAGCAGGGAGAGUGGUGUUGGUACUGACAUUAUGACAAAGCAUCGGGAUCAGGAAAGACAGCAAGCGGGAAAUACCUCCAUCCAGGUCCUAGGUCGGAGAGCAUCCAACUCCAGCUUCGCACACGCCUGCCACUUUACCGUUCCCAACGCUCGGCUUUGCUGUGUCCCCUCGGGAUGAAGAGGGAUUUGAAGAGCUCUAGAGAUCUUGUGCUUCUGCUGGACAGAUCCACAAGCUUUGCAAACUUUAUUCGCCAUCCAAUACCAAUUUCUGCCUCACUGCAAUAUCUCUUUCCAUGGUGGAAACACCAUUACCGUUAUAGCAUUACUUUACCGUGAAACUCGUUUGUCAGAUUAUGUACAAGUUGUUGCUUCCAGGUCAAUACCCCUUCUGCCCCCACCAACCCCC